GGUCGAAGCCACGGGGCAAAGAAUUCGGGAUUCAAACUAAAUCAGCAACGGCUCUACCUAACCUAACACCUCUGACUUCGUUUUCUUCUCUCAUUGCUACGGAGUAUAAUCACAACGGGGCAAUAACGAUCUCGCAAACGAGACAGAGAUGGUCAAAAUUGCCAUUGUCGGCGGCUCCGGCAACGUCGGCCAGGAGAUCAUUGACGCGCUUGUUGCGAGGAAUAAGCAUGAAAUCAUCCUUCUCUCUCGGAAGGAUGCUCCCCCUGAGUACGCGGCCCCUGGAGUGACAUGGGUGAAGACAAGCUACGAAGACCCAGAGCAGCUGGUCAAGAUCCUUCGAGGAGUCGACACCGUGCUCUCGUUCGUUACGGUGGCCACGGAUCCCGGAAACUUGACGCAGAGGAACUUGAUCGACGCGGCCGUCCGGGCUGGCGUGAGACGCUUUGCACCGAGUGAAUGGGCGGCGUCGGACUCUGAGGAGAGCAUGCCUUGGUACCAGGGGAAGCUCGAGAUUCGCAAGUACCUCCGGGAACUCAACAAACAAGGGAAGAUUCUGGAGUACUCGCUCUUCCAGCCGGGCCUGUUUAUGAACUACUUCACGUACCCUUACCCGUCGACCAAACAUGUCCAGAUGAUGCCGACUCCCAUCGACUAUCACAAUUGCCGGGCCCUGAUGGUAGAGGGUAGUGAUGAUGCUCGCGUCAGUCUCAUUACCGCCCAAGACCUCGCAACCUUUGUGGUCAGGGCUGUCGAGUAUGAAGGGGAGUGGCCGCGUGUCGGCGGCAUCAGGGCAAGUGAGCUGAUGAUUAGGCAAAUUGUCCAAGUCGGUGAGAGAGUUCGCGGCCGUCCCUUCACCGUAGAGAGUCUGAAGGUAGAUGACCUCAAGGCAGGGGUGGUCAAGUCCUCGUGGUUGCCCAAGCCCACCCAUCCGUCGCUGACGCCUGAGGAGGCCGACACCCAGGCGGAGGCCAUGACAGCGGGCAUUCUCUUGGGCCUCGCGGCCGAGGCGCUCAAAGUCUCGGAUGAGUGGAACAAGCUGCUGCCCGAUUUCGUGUUCACAAAGGCCGAGGACUUUCUGACAGAGGCAUGGCGAGGCAAGCCAUAGAUGGGAGGAACCUGAUGGCACCCUAUCAACUGUCGACAAUAAAUCAAUCUCCCAAACCCUUACGUUUGUCCCACAACAUGGGUCUCGGGAAAACCCUUGCUUCCGUUGAACGUAUCGGUCUUUGGAUUUGGCGCAGUAUUGAUUGCUCUCCUAAGUCCAAUGUC